CAUCUUCCAGCGACGGAAAAUAAGGUAAACGGGUAGCAGCUAUGGCUGGUGUGAUAAAGAAGACCACAGGCUUGGUGGGCCUUGCUGUUUCCCUGAACCCACAUGAGCGUCUGAGAAUUUUGUACUCCAAGAUUCUGGGUUGCGUCCAAGCCAUGCCUCAGGAUGCCGCCUACAGGAAGUACACCGAGCAGCUUGUAAACGAGCGACUCAACCAUGUCAAAUCGGAACCUGAUUUGCAGAAACUGGAGAAAAAGAUCAACUGUGGUCAGAUCGAAGAGGUCAUCGCACAAGCAGAGUCAGAGCUGGCUUUAUCCAGAAAGAUGGCCGACUGGAAACCAUGGGAACCACUGAUCGAAGACGCCCCAGCAAACCAGUGGAAGUGGCCAGUCUAAACCGGUUUAUUUAUGUUGAAAAAUGAUUAAUAAAAUGUUAACGUGUC